GUGACGUGAAAAUGGCGUCCUCCGCUGCCCGGCUGGCAGCACGUUGGCUAUCAGCAUCUAUUUCUUCUGGACACCGCAGCGGCCGGUUUCUGACCGUCUCCUCCAGACAUACAGGAGUCUGUUCCGGGACGGUGCCGCCGUCACACCGGGUAGGGUCAGCGGUUAGCACGAGCUCCUGGACACACGGAAAUGUCGUGAUAUUGAGAGGACUGACAGGCUCGAGAUGUCCGCAUGGCAUCUCCUGUCAUUCUUUUCACACCAGCAGCAGGUCGACUAACAAGCAGGACUUCUAUGAAGUCUUGGGUGUCUCUCGCACUGCGACACAGAAGGACAUCAAGAAGGCAUACUACCAGUUGGCGAAGAAAUACCACCCUGACACCAACCCAGAUGACCCAGGUGCCAAAGAGAAGUUUGCAAAGCUGGCUGAAGCCUAUGAGGUGCUGAGUGACGAAGUGAAGAGGAAGCAGUAUGACACAUACGGAGCGGCGGGCUUCGACCCAGGCCGUGCUGGGGCAGCAGGCCAGCAGCAGUACUACAGGGCCGGGGGGACCACGAUAGACCCCGAGGAGCUCUUCAGGAAGAUCUUUGGAGAGUUUACUGGAGGAAUGGGCUUUGGAGACAUCCACAACAUGUUUGAACAAAGGCCUGAGUUUGUGAUGGAGCUUACGUUUGCAGAGGCAGCAAAGGGCGCAAAUAAGGACCUGACUGUGAACAUUGAUGACACGUGCCCAAGGUGUGAUGGACAGGGCAAUGAGCCAGGAACCAAAGUGCUUCACUGUCAUUACUGCAACGGCACCGGCAUGGAGACAUUGAACACGGGUCCUUUCAUGAUGCGCUCUGCCUGUCGACGCUGCGGUGGGAAGGGAUCAAUCAUAAACACGCACUGCGCUCUGUGCCGAGGUACAGGACAGACGAAGAAGAGGCAGACGGUCACUGUGCCAGUACCUGCUGGAGUGGAAAAUGGUCAGACAGUCCGCAUGCCAGUAGGAACAAGAGAAAUCCUCAUUACAUUCAGGGUCCAGAGAAGCCCGGUGUUCAGGCGCAAUGGAGUAGACAUCCACUCAGAUGUGUUGAUCUCUGUAGCUCAGGCCAUCCUGGGGGGCACAGCCACCGCACAGGGCCUCUAUCAAACCAUCAGUAUAGUGAUUCCUGCCAGUUGCCAGUCUGAUCAGGUGAUCCGGCUGCAGGGGAAAGGCAUUCGGAGGAUGAACAGCUACAGCUAUGGAGAUCACUACGUUCACAUCAAGAUCAGAGUGCCAAAAAAGUUGACUCGUAGGCAGCGCUCCCUGUUGCUGAGUUACGCUGAAGACGAAGCAGAUGUUCAGGGGACAGUCAACGGUGUCGAGCCCUCUACAGGAGGGGGCAGCAGCACCUCACAUUCUGGUGCGAAGUCGACCAGCUCAGAGGAGGGACAGGACAAGCAGCAGCAGCAGAAGGAAGAGGGAGGCUUCUUCUCUAAGCUAAAGAAAAUGUUUAGCUGACACUCAGGCUGCAGGUAAAGAACGAUGGUAAACAUGGAAAAAGAAGAAAGGAAAUCCACCGACUGGGCCUCUAUGCUGUCUCCUCCUGCUUUGGGGAUUGAGCAAGGAGGAGGAAGAAGAGAGGCAGAGUGGUAUUUGUGUUGACACAGUCACACAUUGUUGAAGCUGUGGUUGGCAAACAGGCCACACAGACGCCAGGUCCACCCACACACCCACUGGCCCGUCACCACAGACAGGUGCUGAGCUGAGAAACUUAAGAAGUUGCUGGAAGAGAAACAAGAUGGCGACUACAGAGGACUAUUGUGGUACAACUCUCAUCCCUGCGUACUUUGAAACUGCACUGCUCGUUGAGUCACAAAGUGCUCUGCAGACAGUAACUCUCUGUUUAAUAAAACCAAGUAUGAUGAAGCAGACAGGAAUUAAAUGUCAGCUUGAAAAAUACUCAGAAGAGAAGAUGACCACCCACUACACUCAUUUUACUUCAUUACACAACCAACAUGUCAAAUACACUUUUCCAAGGCACGGUCUAAAUGUUGGUGAGCCUGCUAUGCAAUCACCCUCUCAUCUAUGUAGGACACUGUUGAUGAGCACUAAUUUUUAAGGAAUACUUCACCUUACCAAAUGACCACUUGUAUAUCAAUUAAUUGUACUGUGUUAAGUGGAAUUUGUCAAGAAAUCUUAGUUAAUACUCAGAUGUCUCCGGUGAACGAAGAAUCCAAAAAUUGAGAGAAUGCUUGAUGAAUUAAAAAAAGGAGACACAAAACUAGUGCAUAUAUUUCAAGUCUUAAUCAAGCUUUUUUCCACAGUAAUUAGUAUGUAGCUCCUAAAAUGUUGAGGCAGAGGGUACUUGCUGUAGCUCUGGUUGAGGGUGAGAGGCUGCCAGCACAUAGUUUGUUGGGCACAGGGAAACGGAGAUCUGUGUGGGUACAUGAGACCCUAAAAAAGAAGGUUGAUUAUGGGGAGUACCACCAGCUGGUCCAGGAGCUUCUCCUCCAUGACGGCCUUUUCCAGGCAUAUGUUAGGAUGACUCUGGGACAGUUUAAUAACAUGUUGUCCAUCGUCGGGCCGUAUAGCUCUGGGUAUCCAACAACCGCUACCACCAGUUUCUCCUCCAUUGUUUACCAACUGUAAACCUGUUGUCAUGACCACCACAGAAGGCCCGCCUCUCAA